GCAAAGGCAAAUGUUUUAAUUAAACUUUUGUUUAUCAUAAAUCUUCUAAAAACUCAAAUUGCAAAUGAAUCUAUUAAUAUUAAAGAACAAGAAAGGCUAAUAAGAAUCGAAUAUAAAAAACUUGUAAUUCAAAAGGAUAAAAAUGAUGAAUUGAAAAAAGAAAUUAUAUUGCGAGAGAAACUUCAAAAACUUUUAUACAAUUGUACUUUGUAA